UUUGAAAUAUGCAACAACUGGCAUGUGCUGUUGGUUGAUAAGGAAGGUGGAGAAAAGCGAGCGAGCGAAGGUCUACACUACGAGACAAUUUGGAUGCGCAAACAUUGAUGAGAUGACCCUCUGCUGUUGAACUGUUUCCCUAAACUCGAGUCUGAUUGUCUGUGGGAAACGAUGGACAUCGCUGUGACCACGCUGACUUAACUCCAAAACAACAGUUAGGGCCUAACAGUAGAAUAAUGUUGAUAAAUAACGGGACUCAUUUUCAAGCAUACGACUUCACUUAUGUCCGCUUUUGUGUGUCUACGGUGUCGUUCUCAAUUUUGGCGUCUUUCAACAUCAUCAUAAACUGGACUAUAGUGCGCGAAGAGAGACUCCGGAGCCAUGCACGUUUUGUCCUCGUGUUUCACCUAUUGGUAUCCGCGCUGGUAUACUUUGGAGUGUCCAGCGUUUUCUAUCUUCAGAUCUACAUGGGAUCGAAGCCAGCUGUGACCACCUGUAUGGCUAUGAUAACUGUACUAAUCGCGAGCGCAUCGAACAUCCUCAUCACGCUGACAGCGAUGGCGCUGGACCGUUACUUUGCAGUAUGCCACCCGAUGAGGUACAGCCCGGUUUGUUGUGGUCGCCAGUGGCCCUGGCUCGUGGGACUUCUAACAUGGGGGCUCGCUCUUGUUAUCCCUCUCUGUUUGAUCCUGACGGAGAAGCAUGCCACCGAACGCAAUGAGGAGUGUGGACGGGAACGGCUAAUUAGAGGAGAGCUACAAAAGAUAGUGCUGAUUUCUGUAUCUGCAGGGCUUAUAUUGUACAGUUACGUGAGGAUAUUGGUGGAGGGACAACGGUUGGGUGUGCUGAAUCGACGGAACCGGGUCGGCUGCAGGACUAUCGCCUUGCACAGCACCCAGCUAGCCGUGUAUAUACUACCUAACUUUGUGAAUUUUGGAUUGGCCCAGUUUAUGAAGAAUGGUUAUUUUCAGCCGGGGACCAAAGAGCUGUCUGCGGUAGUGGUCUUUGCUUUCUUUAGCUUGGCACAAUGCGUCGCGCCCAUUGUGUACGGUUUGCGCAAAGAGGAACUGUUGGAGCAGGUGCAUUACCGUCUUCAUUAA